UGAAUUUUUCAAAUUUUCUAUGCCAAAAGUGAAAAUUUGCAGACAAAGAAAAAUUGGCUCAGGGAGAGCGAGUACAGAGUCAGCUAGUAGUUGCCUUAUCUACUUCGCUAGAAUUCUAUAGAGCGCCUGCUCACUAGAAAGCAGAAAUGUUGAGUUUCUCCAGCGCAACUUUUCUCCCAAAGCCGUUAUCUGCAAUCCCCAAAUCAAGCUUUUCCGGCAUUCCAAUCCGCCACACAUGUCCUCUUCCAAUUCGAGUACCUGCUCAAAGGACACGGUCGUUUUCUGGAUACGCAGUAGUAAUGAUGGCGAAGAGAGAAGAAGAACUGAAGGAAAUCAGAGGCCUGAGUACUGAGCAAAUAAAUGAAGAGGUAAUUGAUCUUAAAGGCGAGCUCUUUAUGCUUCGGCUUCAGAAAUCGGCCCGCAACGAGUUCAAGUCCAGCGAAUUUCGCCGAAUGCGCAAAAGGAUUGCUCGCAUGCUUACUGUUAAACGGGAAAGAGAGCUUGAGGAGGGGAUCAACAAGAGGUUGUCAAGAAAGUUAGACCGACAAUGGAAGAAAAGCAUUGUAGUGAGACCACCUCCAUCUUUGAAGAAGUUGCAAGAGGAAGAGGCAGCUGCAGAAGCUGAGAAAUCUGCAUAAGUAAAUGUUUGCAUUUUGUAGUUCCAUGAUACGGACUGCUCAUUUCUUUGCUUAACUUUCAGCUUUUUAUGUUAGACCAUUUUUGUAUAAUUUCAUGUCUGGUUUUUGGUUCUCAA